CUCACACUCAGUCAGCCUAAAAUAGUAUUACUCCUGUGUCUACAAAAUUUUCCUUCAAACUACAACAUUUUCGGAUUAUCUUGGCUAACAUUUUGAGUGAGGCUAUUUCAGAAAAUGUUUCACUCAUUUGUUUUUUGCUGUCUUUGCUUUUGGUGUUUGGCUGUGUUUGCUGGUCCAGAUCCAGUGAAGUCAGUGUCAGUGAUGGAGGGAGAUUCAAUCACUCUAAACACUGAUACUGAACUACAGGCUGAUGAUGUGAUACAAUGGCGGUUUGGAUCGGACAAAUCUCCAAUAGCUACAAUCAACAAAGGGACUGGAAUCUUCUCAACAUAUGAUGGUCCUGAUGGGAGAUUCAGAGACAGACUGAAGCUGGAUCAUCAAACUGGAUCUCUGACCAUCAUGAACACCAGAACCACAGACUCCGGAGAUUAUCAAAUCAGGGCAAAGAUCAUUCACAGAUUCAGUGUUGCUGUCUAUGCUCGUCUACCUGUUCCCUUCAUCAGCAAUAACUCAUCAUCAUCAUCAUCAUGUUCACUGGUGUGUUCAGUGGUGAAUGUGAGUGAUGUGACUCUCUCCUGGUACGCAGGAAUGAGUGUAUUGUCCAGCAUCGGUGCGUCUGAUCUCAGCAUCAGUCUCUCUCUACCUCUGGAGAUCGAGUGUUUAAAUGAUUCCUAUAGCUGUGUGGUGGCUUAUUCAUUCACCAACUGGACUACGCAUAUUAACAACAUUGAUUUCUGUCAGCCAUGCUCAGAAGCUGUCCAUUGUUGUGGUUCUACUGAAGCUGUGAUCCGAUUGGCUCUCUCUGCUCUGGUGGGCGUGGCUACCAUCGUUGUGCUGGUUUAUGACAUCAGACCCAGAAAAGAUGAAAGGCAGAGAAGAUCAAACCCUCACACAGAUGAACCAUAUUCUCAUACCAGACAGCAGGGUGAUAUUAACAAAAUAAUAUGUGAAACAUGAAACCAAUGCAAUAUGCAACAUUAUCACAGCUGGGACUCACACAUUAACGACACAAACGACCAAGUUGACUGAUACACAUGAAACAUUGGGCUAGAGUUAAAAUGACUUUGUUAGCUAUGACGUAGAGACUAUGGAAACACAGAAUAGAACUGAAUCUUUAUAACAAUGCCCUGGAAAACUGUCAUCAAAUAUAGGCGUAAUACUACAUUGUUGUCAAGAAUGACUUAAAAUCCAGAAGUUAAAAAUUGUUUAGUUCAUUGAGCACUUUUUAUUGAUGAAGCAGUGCACAAACUGUGCUAGUUGUUAGUAUAGAAUGUAACAUGUAAGGAAUAAUUGACAAAGUAAUUGAAUUAAUGAAGAAAAAAAAAAAUGCAGCCACGAUGGCAUUUUUGGUCACGACAUUUGUCACGUGACUAGUUAUACAUUUACAUGACGUUUGAUGUCUUUAACCCAAUCUGCUGCUUCAUGUUAGCUUAGCAGUUGUGUUUUUGUGCUGAUCGAGCAAUUCUACACAUUUUUAGAUACCUUGAUUGCUAUGAUGUAUGCAUCUCAUUAUAUGCAGACAUUACAUUUGAAUAUGGAUUUCAUUGCAAUAUAAUUAAUGCAACAGAAAAUCACGUAUUACACGAGAGACAUAGCUGUAUCGUUUUCAAAAACGGGGUGAUCGUGUAAACGGGGAUCAUUUGACAACACCGCUCUUCAUCUGACACCAAAUGUCACUUUUUGUGAACUGAAUGUGAUACUUAAAGAAGCGGCUCUGUUGAGUCAAACUGAAACCUGCGGUGGUCUCGUGUCUUUAGUUCUGGAAAGAAAUGUGGUUUGAUGUGUUGUUGGACAAGCUCGUCCGUGAAUGUGUGUCUAUUACUGGGCGUUUGAUGUUCAUGUGCGUCAGUCAGUGCAUGUCUUGAUGUAGAAGAG